GAUGAUGAAGGGACAUCUGUAGAUCAAACACUGUACAGAAGUAUGAUUGGUAGUCUUUUGUAUCUUACUGCAAGUAGACCUGACAUUUGUUUCAGUUUUGGACUUUGUGCCAGGUACCAGCCUACUCCCAAAGAAUCUCAUAUGAAGGCAGUCAAGCACAUAAUUAAAUAUGUUGGAGGUACAUCAGACUAUG